AGGAGCCCCAUUGACACCCCUGAGAAGGGACCUGCAGAGGAGACGCCAUGAACAGCCUCAAAGCUAAGGCCCUGGCCCCUGCCGAGGAGGAACGCAACAACGUCCUCAAGCAGAUGAAGGUACGGACCACCCUGAGGGGAGACAAGAGCUGGAUCGCGAAACAGGACGAGUCAGAGGGGCGGACCAUAGAACUACCUUCUUUCCGGAGCCGCGCCACCUCCUUUACGUCCCCAGGAGAGGUCCAGAAGGCCAGGCCUCUGAGCACACGAGCCUCCGCAGGCUACAUCAUCAGGGGGGUGUUCACCAAACCCAUCGACAGCUCCUCUCAGCCCCCACAACUCUUCCCCAGAAACAAUGGAUCACCCCAAAGUGCCAGCCCGGUGAGAGCAGCCAGCACGGGGCCGGGCCGCCCCUCACCAUCUGGCUACAAGCUGACCACCGAGGACUACAAGAAGCUGGCUCCCUACAACGUCAGGCGCAGCUCAGCAGACACAGCUGUGGAAGAGGAGGUGCCCUUCUCAACUAAAGAGCAGAAAAGGCGGUCCGAGGCUGCCAGCAGUGUGGUCAGGAAAUCAUCGCCCCGGGACCACUCCUAUGUCCUGUCGGCAGCCAAGAAGAGCACCAGCAGCCCUACCCAGGAGCUGCAGGCCCCGUUCAUUGCGAAGCGAGUGGAGGUUGUGGACGAGGCUGCACCUGCCGAGAGGAGCCAGGACCCGCCUGCUCUGGCAAGAGCCAUCCCUGCCUUGACUAGGUCUCCCCCAGGCCACAGCGACAAGGAGGCUUCCAGCCCCAGAGAGCCCAAGAAGGAUGCAGCUGGUGAGGGGGCUUUGAAGGGUCCUGACCCAGUCUCCGAAAGGGCCAGCACACAGCUGAGCGACAGCCACCUGGGAUCCGCACCUGAAGGGCUGGAGAGAGGAGGGCUGUGCCCUGCUGCCCAAUCUGCCCCGCUCCUGGAUGACCAAGAUGAGCAAGGCACCAGCUCUGUGUGCCCCAAGCCUGGACUCCUGACCACCAGUUCCAGGGCACCCUGGGCUUCUGCUGGCCUUGCUGAUGGGAAGACCAUGCGCUCCACCGAGCCGGAAGACAUGAAGGCUGACACGAAGAGCACCUUCUCGGGGUAUGAAGACCAGAAGAUGGCCACCCCAGACGGAGAGGUGUGGAAGGAGCAGGCCACAGCCUCGGUGGGGGACCCAGGAGAGCCUGCCGCCCCCAGUCUGCAGCCCGCAGAUGCCGGCGGUCCGGAGGGGCCACGCCACACCCAAGUACCUGAACUGCUCAUUGAACUGGAGGACCACUCGGGCAGCACCUUUUCGGGGCAUGAAGAUCAGAAGGUGGUCACCCCAGCCGGAGAGGUGUGGAAGGAGCAGCCCACAGCCCCGGUGGGGGACCCAGGAGAGCCUGCCGCUCCCAGUCUGCAGCCCGCAGAUGCCGGCGGUCCGGAGGGGCCACGCCACACCCAAGGACCUGAACUGCUCAUUGAACCGGAGGACCACUCGGGCAGGGUGAAGAACCCCUUGAGCUGCACAGCAACACUCACUGCCACCGCCGAGCAGGUGCACACUCUCCCUCCACCGCCCCCGAGUGGACUGGACUCCAGCUCAGCCAUCAGAGGGGUCCUCUUCGUGAAGGAGCGCACCAACAUUAGUGAGGUCUCAUCUGGGAAGCUGACGUCUUCUUGCUACAGCAGUUUCCACAGUUGCAGUGGCGGAGAGGACACGUGGGACAUGGAGAAGCAGUCCCCAUGUGGCAGCAGAACAAACGGAAGGCUCUGCACAUACUGCAACCGCGAGAUUGGAGACUGCCCCAAAAUUACCCUGGAACAUCUUGGCAUCUGCUGCCAUGAAUAUUGCUUCAAGUGUGGGAUUUGCAGUCAGCCCAUGGGUGACCUCUUGGGCCAGAUCUUCAUUCACCGGGACACCGUCCACUGUGGCAAGUGCUACGAGAAGCUGUUCUAGGUUAAGAUGCUGCCGAGGAUGCCUGGCCUGCCAGCCUGGGCCUUUCCGCCUCCUACCCUUCUCCCCCCAGUUGAUUUCAUCCCAUCGUCCCUCUCCCUGCUCCAGGCCACCUGCAUGUCCCUGGGGGCAAAGUGCCGAGGCAAAUGCAUAGCUUUGCAGUCGACAGACAGUUAGCACAGCUGUCCUGGGGGUCUGCCAGGACAAAGAAGCAAGCGCCUCACAGGCUGUGCCCUCACCUCUCCCAGGAGCCACCGCAGGGGCCUGGCCUGGGGCUUUUCCUUCCACAAGAGCAGAUCCCCCCGCAUCCCACGACUUCACCAGCCAGUGCUUCUAAUCAGACUUGCUUAACCUGCCCUCACGUGCACAGUUAUCAUAAUAAACACUCAGGUGUCACCUGUGGCCCAGUGUA